CGUAUAAUUCAAUAAAUAACUAAAUAACUUAGGAAAUGAUGCUAAGUAUUUAGAUUUUUAUAAUAGCAUGUCUAGGCGACGAGAUUGCGAUCUUUCUACCCUCGGCCGGCGUCGGGCUUUUCGGGAGGACACUCCCACCAUUCAUGAGGGUAUGGACGACGAUGUUUUAGAGUCCGAGCCUCGGGCAUCCGCGAGUAGAGGUAGGUGGGUUCCACCUCCGUGGACUCCAGACCAGUUGUUUUUCUGCCGUGAAAACCACGUCUCUCAUCGCUCACUCUCCAGCAUAGUCGAUGGCACGCUUCGCCACCACGGUUCUUGAGCCGGCGAUUUGAUCCCUCGACUUCACCAGAUCAUUACGAGGGAUCCUGCUACGAGCGCCCUAUGGGAAUCGGCUGGUUUAGUAGAUUUAUAUACGGCGGUUGUAGGGUUUCGCAGCCCCCGCGGUGCGACGGUCGUUCGAGCAUUGUUGGAGUUUUUCUGGGAUAUUACCAACACUUUUCAUUUUGCUUGGGGGAGAUGACGGUGACCCCCCUAGACUUCAGUAUGAUCAGGGGUUGCGCUUCACCGACCGGGCUGUAGCUCAGAUGUCUGAUUUGUCUUGGGGAUCGGCUGAGACAGCUGAUUUGUUGGGUCCGAUCGUUCAGUACAUCAGGUCCCGACCAGUGUCUCGAGGUGGACCUAGGAGCGGACGAUCGGAGCUGGCUUCAGUUUUAGCUCGUGGCUUCGACAUGGAGGAUACGACGGCUGAGCAGCGAGUGCGGAUUUUCAUCCUGAUCUUGAUUUCUAUGACCCUUUCUCCCGAUAGGAGUUCACGUGUACUCCUUUGCUACCUCCCCGCUCUGGUCAGGAUCCAUGAGAUAGGAUCCUAUCGCUGGGUCAUCCUUGGAUACGUCGAUCUCCUCUUAUCGCUACGUCAUGGCUGUCGGCAGCUGAAUGACGAGUCUCCCAUCACCGUCUAUGGUCUGUGGAGAGUCGUAGAGCUAUGGUUCUACGAGUACUUCCCAAGCUUGGCUCCUCGCCGGCGUAGUGGAGCGGUCCAUGAUUUCUCUCUCGGGGCCAGCUGGCGUGAUCGAGGAGAGUCGCGGGUGGAGUCUGUCCCUGCACUGCGUGGGCUGCUACGCCGAGGCACCUCUUCUGUUGGCGUAAGAAUCAGUUUUGUUGCUGUUAUUUUCCCUCUGACGUUGUUUCUAUUGUUUCACGCUGACUUUUUAUGGUUUUCAGGUUGCCAUUGAUGUCCAAUAUCAUCCUUGGGCCGGGAUGACUGAUAUUCCUGAGGCCUUGCGUCUUUCUGCGCACCGCAUCAUUUUGGUCGGUACCGGACGCUUUGUCUGGUAUUUGGGGGAGCGAGUCGUUCAUCAGCAUAGCGGCGAUCGUUUUGUGGUGCCCUCAUCUCCACCAGAGUCGAUGCUGUACUCACGCUUGAUCAGAGAGUUGAUCAACAGGAGAGAGCGCUAUACUUUUCCAUGGCAGGAGCUUGUACACAUGGAGAGUAACUAUGCGCGGGAUUUGAUUCCCUCUCUGGCUCCUCCACCCCGUCUUCCUGAGGUAUGAUUUCUUUUGAGGAUCUUCUUUAUUAAUCUCUGUUUUAAAUAGUCGAAUAACUUGAUUAUUCGAUCAUAGUUUCAGACGACUAUUCGCCCUGUGGGGAGGAUCAAGAUUCCUCCUCAGUCUGUUCGCUAUCCAGGGUCGAUUGGUAUCACAGAGGACCAUGUUGCUGACGCGCCAGAGGGUUACAGACAGGCGCAGGAGUCUCUGCCCGAGGUCUUUGAGCUGGUGAGUUUUCUUCGAUGCAUUAUUCACCUUUUUAACACUGCUUGUUACUGACUUUUCUUUGUUUUAUCCUCAGCCUAAC